GACAGGGCAGAGAAAGAAGCCCACAAUGCCUGUGUGAGCUCUUUGUGCACCCCCAGGUGGAAUUGGUAAAAUAACUCUCAACCCCCCCCCCCAUCCAUUCUUCAUAGCCCCCAUGUAGCACCUAUCAAGUUGGCCAUUCUCUCGAACUCAGCACCCUAAUCUGAAGUCUGGAUGGAAUGGGCUGCAAGUGAGUGAGAGGACCACAGGGUGUUUUUGCCAGUGGGUUAGCUUGCACUGUGAUCUUCAGUGUUCAUUGAAGUAUGGGAAACAACUGAUGUAGACCCACACUGUUAAGGUAGCAAGUUACAAUCUAAGGACCCUUACAGGCAUGCACUUGCAAUGAGGACAUGAACUGCAAGAGAGCACUAUAUGAUCACGUGCUGUAUCCCAAAACAUGUAAUGCAGUGACUGUUGCUGUCAUCCUGGUCAGAAACCACUGCAUCCAGAAAUGCAGGGCUGGUAAGCCAUAUUGAAAAAACAAAUCUAACCAAUCCUUAUCUCUUUUAGAGGUUUGUUUUGCUCUUUUAGGAUGCCUCUUUGGAAAUCUCAGUGAAGUCCCCAGGGACAUCUUGAAACCCAGUGGCUGCCAGCUGAUUGCAUCUUGAUGCCACAAAAAUGUGUCAAAUUUUUUAUAUGAUAUAUUUAUAUAAUAACAUUUCUUGCUAUUCAGAAUUUCAUUGUAUGCAAAAAAAAAGUACUUUGAGCAUAUACCAUAAAACUUAAUUGAUGUAUCUGUUUCUACCAUUAAAUAUUUCAGCAUCCCCUGCCAGUACUUCUGAAACAUCAGGACCUACAACAGCCACUGCCACAGCAAACUCUCCAUCAUCAACACCAGCUGCCAGUACAAGCUCCUCUACGACUGAGUCUCAAACAACAACAUCUACAACAGCCAUUGCAACAACACACUCCACAUCAACUGUGUCUCAAACAUCAGCUCCUACAAACUCUCAGUCAACUGUGUCUCAAACUACAACAUCUCCUUUAACAGCCGCUGCUACAACAAACUCUACUUCAACUGAGACUCCAACAUCAACUCCUUCAACCGCCUCUGCCACAACAAACACUCCUUCAACUGAGACUCCAACAUCAGCUCCUUCAACAUCCCAUGUCAUCAGCCGAUCAGUAGAUGUUCCUCAAACAACAACAACAACUACAAAUGCCACAACAAACUCUUCUUCAACUGUGUCUCCAACAUCAGCUCCAUCAACAUCUCCUGCCAGUACAACCUCUUCUACAACUGAAUCUCAAAACACAACACCGCCUACCAGUACAAACUCUUCUACAAAUGAAACUCAUACAACACCUACAACAUCUCCUGCCAAUACAAGCUCUUCUUCAAAUGAGACUCACACAACUGCUGCACCUACAACAUCUCCUGCCAAUACAAGCUCUUCUUCAAAUGAGACUCACACAACUGCUGCACCUACAACCUCAACCAGUGCAAACACUUCUACGACUGAGUCUCAAACAACAGCGAAUACAUCCACUGCCACGACACACUCUUCUCCAACUGUGUCUCCAACAUCAACUUUAUCAGCCACGACACACUCUUCAACUGUUUCUCCAACAUCAACUUUUUCAACAGCCACAACACACUCUUCUUCAACUGUGUCUCCAACAUCAACGUUAUCAACACCGCCUGCCAGUACAAACUCUUCUACAACUGAGACUCAAGCAACACCUACAACACCCUCUACCAGUACAAACACUUCUGAGUCUCAAACAACACCACAUACAACAAGCACCGCCAUGACAUACUCUUCUUCAACUGAGUCUCAAACAUCAACAACUUCAGCACCGCCUGCCAGUACAAGCUCUUCUACAACUGAUACUCACACAACAGCAUCUACAACACCCUCUACUAAUACAAGCACUUCUGGGUCUCAAACAACACCACAUACAACAGCCACUGCCACGACACAUUUUUCUUCAACUGAGUCUACAACAUUAACAUCUUCAGCACCGCCUGCCAGUACAAGCUCUUCUACAACUGAGACUACAACAUCUACAACAACCUCUACCAGUACAAGCACGUCUACAACUGUGUCUCAAACAACAACACACACAACAGCCAAUGCCACAACACACUUUUCUUCACCUGAGUCUACAACAUCAACAACUUCUACAGGCACUGCCACAACUCACUCUUCUUCAACUUCAACCGAGUCUCAAACAUCAACUUCAACACUGCCUACCAGCUCUUCUACAACUGAGACUCAAACAACAACACCUUUAACAGCCACUGCAACGACACACUCUUCUUCAACUCAAACAUCAACUUUUCCAACAACACCUGCCAGUACAAGCUUGUCCACAAAUGAGACUCACACAACACCUACAACACCCUCUACCAGUGCAAGCACUCAAACAACAUCCCAUACAACAGCCACUGACUCUUCUUCAACUGGGUCUCAAACAUCCACUCCUUCAACCACUGCCAUGACACAUACUUCAUCAACUGAGUCUCCAACAUCAACUUCUUCAACCACUGCCACAACAACCUCUUCUACAACUGUAUCUCAAACAUCAACUUCAACAUCACAAACCAGUACAGGCUCUUCAACUUCUUCUCAAACAACAGCCUAUUCAAGCACUGACACGACAGACUACACUUCAACUGACUCUCAAACAUCAACUCCAACAUCAACAUCUCAUACCAUUACAAGUUCUCACACAACUCAAUCAACAGGACCUACAUCCACUGAAACAACAGACUCUUCUUCAACCCAAACAUCAAGCUCAACUCAAACAUCAGGCUCAACUCAAACAUCAAACUCAACUCAAACAUCAGUGUCUUCAACAGCCACUGCCACAACAUAUACUCCUCCAACUCCUUCAUCUGCUUCAACAGCCACUUCCACAACACACACUCCUACAACUGUGUCUACAACAUCAGCUUCUACAACACCCCGUACCAGUACAUCUUCUACAACCCAAUCUCAAACAACAGCAACAGCUACACACUCUAAUCAAACAUCUCCAACAACAACACCAAAGCCAGAUCUGAACUGGAAUUUUACAAUCUCUAAUAUCACUACAUCAUCUGUCUCCUUGACAUGGCAAGCGAUAAAUAAAGAUACAGCUUACUAUAAACUUAACUGGGCUAAUGGUGGAACAUGGCGAAAUGAGACAAAUACUACUUACACUUUCUAUUGCGUCACUAAUCUGGCUGCUGGAGUCAAUUACACAUUUUGCAUCACUGCUGUAAAUCAACUCUCAGAAGAAAGCGAUCCUGUCUGCAUCUCAAGUUUUACAAAGCCAAAUGUGGUCAGCAAUCUCACAGCAUCUAAGAUCACAGCAUCAUCUGUGACUCUGUGUUGGACAGCACCAAGUGGACCAAUAGAUUAUUAUUCAGUUGAGUGGGAUUUUCAGAGAAGCACAGAAAGAAUAACUAAUGACACUUCCUAUGUAAUCAUUGGUCUCAUGCCUGCAACCAACUACACAAUUCAUGUCAGUGCUGUUACUGGAGGCAUAAAAAGCCAACUUGUCUUCUUGACUGUACUUACCGAUGUAGAAGCACCCACCAACACUGACAGCAGCACAAACAACACUGGGAUGAUUGUUGGCAUAGUUCUGACACUGAUCUGUCUCACCGUCGGCAUAAUUUUAUUUGUCUUUUUCUAUUCAAGAAGACAAUCCAAAAAACAAUAUCCCGACAUCCCUGUUCACAUCAUUAGUGAUCAAACUAAGAAUGCUUUGAAAAUAGAAGAUUAUGAAGAGUAUUUUAAACGCAACAGUGCUGAUUCCAACUGUGGUUUUGCUGAGGAGUAUGAGGAGUUAAAAUCUGUUGGAACACAACAGUCAAAGACUGCUGCCCUGGCUAUUGAAAACAAGGCAAAGAACCGCUACUCCAAUGUUUUGCCUUAUGAUGCUUCAAGAGUUAAACUAUCAAUGUGUGGCAACCCCUUUGAUGACUACAUUAAUGCCAACCAUGUCCCUGGCUACAAUUCAAGAAAAGAGUUCAUAGCUGCUCAGGGUCCAUUGCCUUUCACGGUGAAUGAAUUCUGGAGAAUGAUCUGGGAGAAGAAUGUCUACACCAUAGUGAUGCUGACCAAAUGCAACGAGAUGGGACGGGUUAAAUGUGAAAAGUACUGGCCAUCAACGACUAGUCAUUAUCACAACAUCUCUGUGACAACCACCUCCGAGAUAGAACUGGAUGAAUGGACCAUUAGAGACUUCAGAAUUAAAAAUAUGAAAACAGCAGAAACUCGCUAUGUACGCCAGUUCCACUUCACAGCGUGGCCAGAUCAUGGAGUUCCAGAGACCACUGAGGUUCUUAUCGAUUUUAGACACCUGGUGAGAGAACACAUGGACCAGUACUCGCGCCACUCUCCGACUGUGGUGCAUUGCAGUGCUGGUGUGGGAAGAACAGGGACUUUCAUUGCCAUUGACCACCUGAGCUUCCAGAUUGAAAGAGACAGCAUGGUGGACAUCUACGGAAUUGUUCAUGAUAUGCGAAUGCACAGGGCUCUCAUGGUGCAGACUGAGGACCAGUAUGUUUACCUCCACCAGUGUGCGUAUGACCUCAUUCGAUCAAGAACUGGGACUAACGUGGAUUUAAUUUACCAGAACGCAGCAGCACUCCAAGUCUAUCAGAGUGUUAAAUUAACAAAAUCCUAAAUAUUGACAGCCUCAAAAUAUCCUUCAUCAAAUGAUCAAAGUUGUGAAUGUUUUAUUGCACAAUACUCAAUACAUUUGAGUAAAAAUUUAAUUGUAAUAAAUAUAGUUAAAAAUAUUACACUGGAAUAAUGCAGCCAUUUUAUUUGUUAAGAAUUUUGAAAUAUACACUGAAAUUUGUAAGGAGUGAUUUUACUUUUUUUUUUUUUUUUUCAGUCAAGAUAUUUAUUUUUUUACCGUGACACGUCCUAAUACAAUAUUUGUCAUGAUUUAUUUGGUAGGUUAUAUAUUAUAUACUGCAAUAUCAAGUGACUGUAUAUUUUAGUCCUGCCAUGAUUUUAUUUGCUAGAUUGCAUUAAGAGUACAUGUUUAAUAAAAUGUUUAUCAUUUAACAUAUUUUUAAAAGAAUAUGCUAAAUAUUAUUUAAUCUUUUAGCGCAGAAACCUUUUUUUCUUUCACUUGAAAGCAUUCCCAACCUGUCAAUGCACAAUCUAAAAUUGUGGUUACUGUAUGUGCUAUAACAUUAAUAAUUAGAAAUGAAGAAUAUAUGACAGGUAUGGUACAUUAAAUUAUUAGUUCAUUAGAUGUAGUUAAUUUGUAUAUCAUUUGAUGUUCCGCAAUGCUGCUUUGGAUGAACUGGGCAUUUGCUUGUGAUGUGUAAUUUUAUUUAUGUUGCUUUUUAUUACUAAUAAUUAUUUACUUGAUAAUACUUAGUAAAACAAUCCUGCUAACUGCACUUUUAGUUAACAGCAAUCACACUUGCAACUGUAUUUUUGCAACACUUGCAAACAUUUAUUUUUUUUAAAUGUUUGCACUAAUUCUAAUUUUAAUGCAUUUCUAUGAUCAACACUUUCAAUAAGUUAUUAAAUUUUAUUUGAACAAUAUUGCACUAGAAUCUAUUUACUUUCACACUUGCCACUUAAAUAUAUAUAUAUUUAUUUUGGACCUGUUUCUUGCAGCUGCCUCCAUAUUUGUGUGUAUGUAUGUAUGUUAUUUAUAAAGCUGCUUGCAUAUCUGUUGAAUUAUACACUCUUUGGGAAGUUUCUAAUACAUG